CCUGUGAGAGUUGUAAUACCAAACGCCAUUGUGCUUCUUCUGCCUUCUUCGCUUCUUCCACGCGAUCAAAAGUUGAUCAUGAACGCCAAGAAGGAGCCUAUCCAGUCGGUCCAGGUUUUCGGGCGCAAAAAAAGCGCCACUGCAGUUGCCUACUGCAAAUUGGGUAAUGGCCUGAUUAAGGUUAAUGGCCGACCUCUGGAGCUGGUCGAGCCACGAAUUCUGCAAUUCAAGCUGCAGGAGCCAAUCCUUCUUUUGGGAAAGGAUCGAUUUUCUAAUGUGGACAUCAGAGUCCGCGUGAACGGAGGUGGUCACGUAGCACAGAUCUAUGCGAUCAGACAGGCUAUUUCCAAGGCUCUGGUAGCUUACUACCAGAAGUAUGUCGAUGAGGCGUCGAAGAAAGAGAUCAAGGACAUCUUGAUCCAAUAUGACAGGACAAUGUUGGUGGCAGAUCCCAGACGCUGCGAGCCCAAGAAGUUCGGCGGUCCUGGUGCUCGUGCCAGAUACCAGAAAUCGUACCGUUAACUUUAUUGUAUAUUCCAAUUAAAUCCUGAAAAUUUUCAAA